AAAAAACGGACAUCUCCGUUUUUUUCGUCCUCAUCCCUUCUCCCUCCAGCCUAACGGCCUCUCUGCAAACGUAGGGGAGGCCGCCGCCCCCUCAACUUGAAUCAAUGGCAGCAGCGUGUGCAUCCGCCGCCGCCUGCAGCCUCGCCUCGGCCAUGUCCUGGUAGUCUGCUCGCUGCCCCGGCGUCGUUACCUAGUAACGAUCUCGGCAUCGAUCCUGGUCUGCUUCUCUUUGAAAACUAUUCUCCCUACUUGGAAUUUCUACCGGCCGAUUACAACGGGUUUGAUGGAGCGACGUGGGAUUUCGGGAACAUCGCCAACAAUAAUAACACCACCGCUGCCACCAACGACAAUGACGUUCAGAACUUCAGCGGUGAUGGGCUAUUCGACAAUAUCAUGAUCCCGGAAUUGAACGUUUUGGAUACACAGUCUUCGCUCGAUGUGGUUGGAGAUGGCUUCCUCUCUCAGGAGCAGCCUCUCCUCACUGUCAACUCUACAACACCCAUCGAGUACCCUGCUACUGCAAGCUCUUCAUCCAGCACUCCUCAUCCCCCACCAACGAUUAGAACCAAAUCUCCAACAUCAACAUCCGCCAUCCCAGGAACAUCUACCUUUUCUCUCCACCCCUCCCCCUCUUCUUCAUCAUCAUCAUCAUCGUCGUCCUCCCGCAAACGCAAAUCCUCUCCCGAAGAAGAGGAUUCAGCCGUCACCCUCAAGCGCCAGCGCAACACCCUCGCGGCACGCAAGUACCGCCAGAAGCGCAUCGACCGCAUCACUGAGCUUGAGGAGGCCUUGGCUGCCAAGGCGAAGGAAUGUGAUGAUUGGAAACUUAAAUUUAUGAGGAAGGAGGCAGAGAACGAUACUCUUAGGGAAAUGCUUGCGAAGAAAUGAGAAAACAAAGAGAAACAAGACCAAGUUUGACACCGUGUUUGCUAUUAUGCUAUGGCGAUUCGGGGCAUUGAAAGGACUUCUAGAUACAUUGUUUCGAGUUAGCGAGUUUGCUUUUUUCCUUGUUGCUUUUACAAAUGACUACAAAUAUUUUUUUUGACACUUAAUGAGCUCUCUCCGUCUCUAGUGAUGAUGUGCCUUGUCAGUGUUGUCUUGUGUUCUAGUUUGUCUUGAUCAACACCGAGUUCGCUCAAGCUUGAUGUUUCUCAUAUCGUAGAACUGCAAGACAGCACAACAAAACAUAGUCAAACUCAUGCGUACCCGUCUUGACAACUCAACUCAACAUCCACUACAAUUCGAACGAGGGAGGCCAUCGACAUUCCAUACCAUCUUAU